GUCUACGACAGAGAAUAGCCGGACCGCACUCGGUGCGUGUACACUAUCGUUGAUGAGCAAAGCAACAGUUCUCUCAUUAGCAGCGAACUUGCAGACGAGCUGGGAGCGGUCGGACCUCCGGAGAAGUACUAUCUGUCCACUUGCAGUACAGAAAGGGAACAGAAAUAUGGCCGUCGGAUAACUGGGGUGGCAGCGCGAUCAAUGAACGGAGUCGAGUCGAUGCUACCAAUGUUAAUCGAGUGUGAUAGCAUCCCACAAGACAAGCGCAAAAUCCUUACACGAGAGAUGGCGAGGAGAUUUCCCCACCUACAAGAAAUCGCCGACGAGAUUCCACCAUUUGAUAGUACAGCCGGCAUUCAUCUCCUUAUUGGAAGAGACUCGCCCGAGCUUCUCAAGGUCAGAGAGUUUAGAAAUGGACCCAAAGGUGCUCCCUGGGCUCAACGACUUACUCUUGGCUGGACGAUAACAGGCCAGAUGUGCUUCAACUUCAUAGACGGCCCGGCCCACGUGCUCGUAAAUCGCACCAGUCUCCACAUAACCAACGCAGAUGAAGUAGAGUUAACAAAGAUAGGUGGUUACGAGCUGGUACCCUGCCCUAACAGGUUUUCAGUGAAAGGGAGCCUAACACAGAUGAGUGUAGAAGACAACGUCUUUACUGCCACUAGGUACGACAAUCAAGUCGCCCCGUCUCGGGAAGACCGAAAGUUCCUAGAAAUCAUGGAAAGAGAAGUCUGCAAAAAUAGCAAGGGAAAUUUGGAGAUGCCACUCCCCUUUCGUCAAGAGGAAGUACAAAUGCCGAACAAUCGAAUUCAAGCAGUCAAUCGUUUAAACGGCCUAUUGCGCACCCUUAAAAGAAAACCGCAGAUGCAGUCCGACUACUUCAACUUCCUGGAGAAAGUUAUCGAGAAAGGCCAUGCGUCAGUGAUACCAGAGGAAGAGUUGAAAUCUGAACCUACGCCCGGUAAAGUUUGGUACCUACCCCACUUUGGCGUCUACCAUCCAAAAAAGCCAACACAGAUCAGAGUUGUGUUCGACUCGUCUGCGGAGUAUAAAGGAGUUUCGCUGAACAAGACCCUACUACCCGGCCCCGACCUAAUGAAUAGUCUUGUCGGCGUCUUAAUGCGCUUCAGGAAAGAGAAUACAGCCAUUAUGUGUGAUAUNCACAGGCCAUGCUAG